UCCCCAGGCUGCGGGCCCCAGGCGGCCUUGGUAACGCCUCGACGGGGCAUGAGGCCUGGGAAUAGUGAAAGGGUUUUCAAAGGCCGGAUGCAGCCCCUGCGUGGAAGAAAUGGAAGACCCAGUAAAGGACAAAAGGGGACACGGUUGGCCCAAACACUUUCUAGCAAAAACGAUAGUGAGGGGAAAGAGCAGGGUACCCCCUUUCUUGCAGCACUGCUGAGAUACCCCUUUCCUUUAGAAGCGGGGAAGCCGGGGCAUCAGUGCUCACAAACACAUAGCCAGUUCUUUCUCUGUGCUCCCCAGUUCCAGCCUUCUCCCCACCCCACCCCCACCCCUACCCAUCCCCCGCCAGAGGAGCUGCCCUGGGGUUCUGGCUGGAACCCUCCUAGCUAGCUGUCUCAUCCCUCCUCUCUCUCUCCCGGAAUCCACCUGCUGUCACUGCCCUGCCAAGGAGGCGGGGGCUGUGGUGACCGCAGGUGGCAAGAGGUAGGACAGCUACAAGGCACAGAGCCGUAUGGAGAAGGGGACCAGGAGCGAGUGUCUGUGAGCUGCAGGAAGAGGGCUGAGGGGUGGGCAGAGGGGUGUUCAAGUUUGGGGAGAGGAGUCAGAAGAGGGGACCAGACCCCACCCACAGCCACUCAGCGAUGCUGGGGCCACAGCAGCCCCGGGGAGCGCCCGCCGCACUGAUGCUCCUGGUCCUGGCGGCUGGGUGGGCCCAGGAGGGCACAGAGCCGGUCCUUCUAGAGGGCGAGUGCCUGGUGGUCUGUGAGCCUGGACGAGCUGUGGCUGGGGGGCCAGGGGGGGCAGCCCUGGGAGAGGCACCCCCUGGAAGAGUAGCAUUUGCCGCGGUCCGAAGCCACCACCACGAGCCGGCAGGGGAUGCUGGCAACGGCACCAUCGGGGCCAUCUACUUCGACCAGGUCCUGGUGAACGAGGGCGGCGGCUUUGACCGAAACUCGGGCUCCUUCGUGGCCCCUGUCCGGGGUGUCUACAGCUUCCGUUUCCACGUAGUGAAGGUGUACAACCGCCAGACUGUCCAGGUGAGCCUGAUGCUGAACACCUGGCCCGUCAUCUCAGCCUUCGCCAACGACCCCGAUGUGACCCGGGAGGCAGCCACCAGCUCCGUCCUCCUCCCCCUGGACCCCGGGGACCGAGUGUCCCUGCGCCUGCGGCGGGGAAAUCUUCUGGGGGGCUGGAAAUACUCCAGCUUCUCUGGCUUCCUCAUCUUCCCCCUCUGAAGGCUCCGGCCCAUCCAGGACAGAAAUCAAGACCCUGACCUCCGCCUUCUGCCCUCUCCCGCCCCAGAAGCAGGAUCUUUGGGACAGGAGAGGGUCUCCCCCCAGCUGCCUGUGUUCCACUGCCUUGCAUGGGACCCUGUGCCAAGUGCCCACGAUGAAGAGGAGAGCUGUGGCAGGAUCUGGUCCUGCUUCACCCCACCUCUACAUAUCACACACACACA